AUGGAAUUUGUGGUAAAGCGACAAGAUGCUUCCCCGAAAGACCGCACACGAAGUUCAACUUUUGAAUGUAUGAGAAUUGCCUACGACCACCCACGAUGUUUGCCCAUUCUGCCUGAUGGAAAAUUUUCAUUACAAACUUCCGCGUAUCUCUGCCGUUCGAAUGUUUCAAAUGCAUCAAAGAUGGAAUUUUAG